AUGAUGUCGGCACCAAAAGAGCAGACGGAGGCGCAAAUCGCCCACCAGGCCCUCCUCGACGAGAUCGACAUCCACUCAAUCCACAAGAGCUUCCGCAACCCGUCCUGGCGCCCCAACCAGCGCCGCAACAAGAACAUCAAGACCAUCCUCGGCGAUGCCUCCCGUCGCGAAGCCUCGGCCAUGGCGACCCCGCAACAGGAUGACAACAGCGGCGCCGGCACCCCGGCUGCCGGUCAGCAAGACGACGGCCUCUCCACGAGCGGCACCUCGACGCCGGCCACCGGCAAGGACGCCUCUGGCCUGCCGCCGAACCUGGCCCAGGCCUCGCGCAGCCUGUCCAAGCUCGUUCUCGAGAAGAGCCUGAAGCCCAACGGAGGCGCCGCGCCGGCCGUCACGUACACCAACAUCGAGUCGGCGCCGUCACUGGCACACACAAAGCGGUACUGCGACAUCACGGGCCUGCCCGCGCCGUACCUCGACCCCAAGACGCGGCUGCGGUACCACGACAAGGAGGUGUUUGGCCUGAUUCGCACGCUGCCCCAGGGCGCGGCGGAGCAGUUCCUGGAGGCGCGUGGAGCGCACACCGUUCUCAAAUAA